AUGUAUCGCACACUCGUUAUAUUGGCUUUCGCAGCAUUUACAUUCGCAGCCCCAAUCCCAAGCGACAACAAUGCACUGAGUACCGUUGUCAGCCGCGAUGUGGUUGAUGGCGCAAAGCAUGCCUCAUACGUGGUUGCUCGGCAGGAGGACGAAGACCUGGAGAUGGGCGGCACCCCUUUUGGCAAACGCGGGGAUAAGGAAAAGGACCUGGAACUUGGUGGCACACCUUUUGAGAGGAGACAAGAAGACGAAGACGUAGAGCAGGGCGCCACGCCUUUCGGCAAGCGUGACGACAAGGACAAGGAUUUGGAGCUCGGCGGUACUCCCUUCGCCAGAAGACAAGAAGACGAGGACCUAGAAGAAGGCGCCACCCCGUUCUCUCGACGUCAAGAAGAUGAAGACUUGGAGGAGGGUGCCACACCAUUCUCCCGCCGUCAAGAGGAUGAAGACUUGGAACAAGGUGCCACACCCUUUGGCAAGCGCCAGGAGGACGAGGACGAGGAUCUCGAAGAAGGCGCCACCCCAUUCUCUCGUCGUCAAGAAGACGAGGAUCUGGAACUAGGCGGCACUCCCUUUGCAAAGCGAAGCAUCUUCGACAAAAUCGACACGGCCGGCUUCCAGCACGAACAUGAGGCAAAGCUUGCGGGCGCCGAAGUUGAAAUCGAGCACGAAGACGGCGCUCUUGAAGUCGAGGUCGAGCCCACCGAAGGCACCGAGGUUGAGGUUGAGACUUAA